GAUGAAGCAGCUAGCUAGCUACAACCUUUCUUGAACUGUCUAUGGCUACAACCAGGGGAAAAAAAUAAAAAUAAAAUCUGCAUGUAUUACUGACGCUAGUUACAUUAUACCUUUAUAAAUUCCAAAUUUCUUCCUAGAAUAGUUAAAACGUAUUUUAUUUAAUAUGUAUUUUUAAUACUGUAUAUGUUUUAUUUUCGUAAAAUAACUAUGUUGUUGCCACCGAGGCUAGCUAGUUAGCAGCGGUGCUAACGGGUUAAAAGGAUGCAGAACAUGUUUCGGACCGGGUUUCUGGUUCGAGCCACACACACCCUGCUCACUUGGGUCAUAACCCUCAUACUGUUCCUGCACAACACUGAUUUGCGGAAGUGUGAGGAGCGAGGCGAGCUGUUGCUGCCAGUUCUGUUUUUCCUCCUGGUCGUGCUGUCGGUGCUCUUAUACUUUGCCGUUUCUUUAAUGGACCCUGGCUUCGUUCUCACUGACAGUGUAAAGGGUUCAAAUGAGGAAAUGGAGUCAAUGAUUCCUCAGUCUUCGACCCCUCGGCUGCGGCGCUGUGGAUAUUGCCUACUGCAGCAGCAGCCAAUGAGAGCGAAGCACUGUCAGACGUGUAAACACUGCGUUCGUCGCUUUGACCACCACUGCCCCUGGAUCGAGAACUGCGUGGGAGAGAGGAACCACCGCUGGUUCAUCGUCUACCUGCUGGUGCAGCUGCUCGCUCUGCUUUGGGCGCUUCACAUCGCCCUGUACGUGAGAGUGUCUGGCGUCUCACCCAGCCCCACAUGGGUGCUGUGGUUCAGAGUGAACGCGUUCCUGUUGGUGGUGCUGGUCCUUGUCGGCGUCUUCUCUGUGGUGGCGGGGAUGCUGCUGGGCAUCCACCUUUACCUGGUCUCCAUCAACUGCACCACCUGGGAGUUCAUGUCGCGUCACAGGAUCGCGUACCUGAAGAACUGCGGAGACGAGGAGAACCCGUUUGACCGCGGCGUCUUCUGCAACCUGUGGGAUUUCUUCUGCAUCUGCAGGACGGUGGUGUGGGAGAAAACAUACGACAGAAACACCCCAAAUUCUGUCUGACCUCCAACCAGACGCCACGUCACCAUCUACACCGGAGUCAGACGCUACUUUCAGGGAAAGAAAAUAAUUUUCUAACCUCAACAGCAGAGAUUUGAAUUAUUUUAUGUUCCCUUUUGGAUCGAGAUUUACAACUGAAGUGGAUCAUGAAAUAACUUCCUAUAGAAUAAAUUCCUAACUACCUGCAAACGUUGUCGGCUGUUAGAGCAGACAUGCAGUAAGCUUAUUAUAUAUAGUUUACUAACUUUUUCCAACAUUUUUCAUACAGAUAACAAAACACGAUUCUUUGAUUUGCUGGCUUUUGACUACAUCACAUUUUAAAAACGAACUGGCCUGUUUGGACUGAAAUAUCUCAAAAACUAUUGGAUGGAUUGUGGAUUAAAUUAACAUUAAUGUUUCUUAGAUGAUAAAUCGUAAUGCCUUUGGUGUAGGUAUGGCUGUCCCAGGAUUUUAGGGUCUUUUUUGAAACUGAUUCAUUAUUAUUAUUAUAAUUACUGUUAUUAUUAUCUUACCUAUAAUAUAUAGGCCCUCGUCCAGGUCGGACUCGAACCCUGAACCUAUUGCGUCGAGGUAUCCAAAGAGUAAGUAAACAAGGCUACAAAUCUGACAUUCUGCUCUCUUUUUAGGUUCUUGACAGUUUAGAUGGAUAGAUAUUUAUUGAUCCCUAAAAAAUGGGAAAUUAUGGUGUUACAGCAGCAAACAUACAUCAUUCAUACAGCACCCUUUUAAUACUUUUAAUACUCUUUACCGCCUGCAGUGUUUCUUGAACAUCACUGUGAUUAGUACACGUGAGAUAACAAGACCCAACACUAAUAGUUAUGUGGCAAUAUUUCCACGAUAACAGAA